AUGCUCAUUAGCCAGGGCGGCUUCUGCGUGGCGUACCUCAUAUUCAUAGGCCAGAACGUGUCCAGCGUGCUUUCACACUCUACCAGACACAAGACGCUCGUCAUUGCCGCCGUUGCGCCCUUAGAGGUUCUGCUCUCUUGGAUGCGCUCUCUCACGCGCCUUGCUCCUUUCAGCAUAUUUGCGGACGUGGCCAACAUCUCAGCCUUCGCCCUGGUCAUCUGCUAUGGCAUCCUCUCCUUCCACGGCUUCUCCCACCUCUCCGCCUUUACGGGCCUCUCCAAUGCGCCCAUGGCUCUCGGCGUAGCAGUCUACGCAUUCGAGGGCGUCGGCAUGACUCUCCCCUUGCAGGCCUCCAUGAAACAGCCCAGCCGGUUCCCCUCGGUUCUCGCGCUCGGCCUCGGGAUCAUCUCAGUGACUUAUGCAGCGGUUGGCCUGGCGGGGUAUGUAGGAUACGGGGAGGAUACUCAAGAAAUUAUCACGCUGAAUUUGCCGCCGGGGUGGCCGUCAGAAGCAGUGAAGCUGGGGAUCUGCGCUGCUCUCUUCUUCACAUUCCCAGUCAUGAUGCAUCCGGUGCAUGAGAUUUACGAGCGCCGGCUCUACCUCUCUCCCUGGGUGCAACGGCACGUGCUUUCGAACAAUACCCUUCGCCGCACGCUUUUCCGCUCGCUCCGUUCAAUGGCUGUCUUGGCAGUGGCGCUGGUGGCUGUGGGCGUGCCGCAUUUCUCGGCGUUCAUCUCCCUUAUAGGCUGCAGUGUAUGCUCCGCAUUAGCCUUUGUCUUCCCUGCACUGUUUCAUCUGAAGGCCUGUAAAGGCCGGACGAGUGGGGUGGUGGUGGCUGGGAACUGGUUUCUGGUGGUGUUUGGGGUGGCGUUUGGCUUCUGGGGGACGCUAGAUGCUGUCAGGAGAUUUCAACAAGGUGACGUCACAGCAACAAAUCCAAGCUGCCGGCUCGCCGUCAUCAUGAAGCGCGGUGACCGUUGCCGUCUGCUGUCUCUCCCGGACGAGAUUCUCGAGUUUAUCCUCAGCACCGUCACGCACCCAUCCGACCGUUGCAACGUCGCGCUCGUCUGCUCCCGCUUCAACCGCAUCUCGCGCCGCACGCCGCACUCGAUGCUCGUCGAGUUCAUGAGUUAUCAGCGCUGGGGUUCCAAAGUCCGGGAUUGGUUGAGCGAGUUCGACAUUAAAUCGAGGGCAUUUCCCCGCAUUACCAGUGUGACCGUCCUCCUGUCGAACACCCUGCGAGACUAUCUACUGGCGGGUAUUGGUGCCACGUGCGGGCAGCUGAAAGAGUUAAAGCUGUUUGCGGUGGACUGGGAGAGUUUCGAAGCCACUGCUAGUGGGUGGCGGUCGCUUGCUCGGCAAUGCCCCCAUCUGACUCAUCUCGAGCUCAGCUCCCGUUUCGUCCGCAAUACAUCCCGCCGCCGCUACGAAGACAGGACCCCCCUGCCGCCUCUCCACGCCUUCCCCUCGCUCCGCUCCGUAACCCUCGGCUUCCACCCCAAGGAAAUCUCCCCCCUCCUCCGCUGCUCCGCGCUCACAUCUCUCUCCCUCUGGCAGCCCACCGGCGGCGACCUCGCCUGCCUCGCUUCUCCCUGCUUCUCCCCCUCCUUCCGCUCGUCUCUCCAGUCCCUCACCAUUCAAUUUGGCAACUUAACGAACUACCUUCCCCGCGUGUCGUCUUUCACUCUCCUCUCCUCCCUCUCCCUCGAGUCUUGCACAUUCAACCCGUGCGAGCUCCACUCCCUCGCGCGCUCCCUCCACUCCCUCACCCACCUCACCAUCGACAAUUGCCCCUCGGUCUGCGGCCGUGCCGUGGCAGCAAUGGUUCGAGCCAAUCCCUCCCUCUCCACGCUCUCUCUCUGCGGCAGCAACUACCGUCUCUUCAGUUCCAAGCCCCUCUCAGCCGUGCUGCGCCUGUCGUCCCGGAAGCUUCAGACGCUCACGCUUGCGGGUCUGCCGUCGUUCCGCCCGGGAAUGCUUGCGGGGUGCAGCAGCCUUGAGUCGCUCACUCUCCAACGAGCAGAGGGGUCGCUAGAGGGGCUGCUCGCCAUGCUCGUCCGGGUGGUUGAGGCGGGGGGAGGGGCGGAACGAGGUGAGAAUACGCCUGCGGGCGCGGGUUCGGGUGCAAGUGCGAGUGCGAGUGCGAGUGCGGGUGCGCCUGCAUCUGCUCUUGCAGGGGCGGCGGCAGAGGUGAGGAUAAAGGGGAACCGGCGCACCUACGUCGAUAUCCGCGCAGCAGCAGCGUCGGCGCGCGCCGACGCGGCCUCAGCAUGGAGAGACAUGAACCGGCUAAUCGAUGCGGCGGGGGAGCAAGUGGGCUCCGCGCACGUGGAAGCGGACACCGCGCGGCGACACCAGUGGCUGCACGCGGAAAAGCCCGCCAUCAAGAAGAUCAUAAACGCGAUUUCCGCCUGCCAGUCCGCGUCCGCGGGGGCGUGGGACGCGAACGCCGCGAGGGAGAAGGCGCGCGCUGUGGCGCGACUCUCCGCCAUCGCCGCCGCUGGCGCCGCCCCUGGCGCCGCCGCUGGCGCUGCCGCCGCUGGCGUGACAGGGGUUUUCACAACGGAGUUUCACGGAAAGGAGGAGGAACGAUGGUCGGAAGACGCGGACCGAGAGGCUUGGGGUUUAGGCUCGGUGUUGUUCACCGACUUUACAGACGGAGAGUACCGUGCAGGCGCAACCCCCGAUGGGCCUCACCACUUCAUGUUGGAGAGGGAUCCGAGUGACGGCAUUCCCAAGGCGUCGCGUGAAGAGCUGUACGCGACGCUAGAUGCGUUGUAUCAGCAGCUGCGCCCGCAUCAGUCGGCCAUGCGCGAGAGCGUUGAGGCGCUGCUUGCGGGGGAGGAUGCUGAGGGCGGGAUUGUUGGGGCGGUAGCAGCAGCGGGUGGGGCGGCAGCAGCAGCGGGUGGGGGGGCAGAACCAGUGGGCGAAGCAGCAGGAGGUACCCCAGGAGUGGAGCAACAGGCGGAAGCUGCACAGGGACAAGGCGUGCAAGAGAGAGUGGACGUCGAGGGAGUGCAAGAGGAGGGAGCACAGAGGGGGGAAUCUCUAGGGGAGGGAAAAGAAGAAAGGGCAAGCAGCAGCAGGCUUGCAGCGGCUAAGAUGCAUGAAGAAUCUCAAAGGGUAACGCGAGUGGAUGUGGUCUGCCCGUCCCUGGCUUCCUUGGUUCUGGAAAACAUCCAGUACAGUCCUCCUUCUGGGCCUGCUUCUGAGAAUCUUCCCUCUACAUCCCCCCUCAUGGUUCCAGUUUCCCGUACUCCUCCUUCCUCCACAUUCUACCCCGCAACUUCCCUCUCCUACCCUGGUUCUACCCCAAGUGCUUCUCCCAGUCAGCAGCGGUGGUCGUUUGAGAGCAUUGCCUUGGCGGCUGUGUUUGGAGGGCUGAGACGGUUGGAAGUGGUGCAGUGCGGUAGGGUGGGGGAGGAGCAGCUGAGGGCAGUGCUGCGUGCAUGCCGGGUGUUGGUGGAGCUGAGAGUAGAGCACAGCGAUGCCAUGUCUGAUAAAGUGCUCCUCUCAUGCCCAAUCCACACGCUCACCCAUGCCACUCUCAUUGCUUGCAACGGCAUCACUGCUGCUGGGGUGAUCGGGUUGCUUGCAAGCUUCCCAAGGCUGAGGCAGUUAAAGGUGGAAGCGGAUAAGGUUCUUGAACGGGCUAGGCGGAAGUUGCUUCGUGCUGGUGUGGUCGUGAGGGGGGUGUGA